GUGAUUUGCUAUAAGUUCAUUUUUAUUCUCCAGGGCGUGGCAAAUCCUGGCAGGCUGUGUGGGGGGGUGUCGAUGCCCACCCAUGCCCCUGGAGCCCGGUCACAUGGAGCCCCCCACCCACACGACGAAGAGAUGGACUUGGCCUGGCAGGAACUGAUGGCCAUCACUGAGCUUCAGGUAGGAGGAUGAGUAUUCAAUAACGUCGCCAUAUAGCUAAAAUUUGAUUUGAGUUUGAUUGAGGCUCUCUCUCAUCUUCUGCUUACAUCACCCAGCUGGUUGUCCCAUAUUGAAAAACUAUAGUUAUUUGUUUACGAUAUCCUUACUGUGUGAGAUGCGAUUUCAUACUGUUGGCCUACCAUGGCUGUGAAUUAGGCAACCACAAACAGACAGAAUACACCAAUAUACACAAUGCUGCAAACCAACCACAGUAGCGUCGCGUUUAUGUAUAUACAUUUAAUCUAAGGCAAUGCUGAGUAUUCACACCUAAAAAGUAACACACUCAGAUAACACACACAAAAGAAUGGGCCAAUUGAGUGAAGGGAGGAUAAAGAGGCAGGGGGAGGGGGCAAGCGCAGUACUGUACGCUGCAAGCAUCUGGGCAGCUCCCUGCACAGCACAAUGACCACCUGUUUCCACUUGAAACCUGAUAACACACCUAAGAGAGACCUGCAUGAGUUAUGGGUGGUAUACCAAGGUGGAGGUGAACUGUGUGCUAUAGCUAGCAGGUGACUUAUUAUUAAGGUAGCCUGGCCCCCCACACCAUACUAAUACACUUUGCAGCUUCAGUUCGUACACUCAACCAUUCCCCAUAGCUGAUCUAUUAAUUAUUCUAUGAUAUAUACUUUUGCAUGUUCACAAAUACACACAGCUCUUUAAAACUCAAUUGCAAACUUGUAGAAUUGUUUUAUUUGUUGUCAAUUCAUAUAAACUCAGCAAAAAAAGAAACAUCAUUUUUUCAGGACCCUGUCUUUCAAAGAUAAUUCGUAAAAAUCCAAAUAACUUCACAGAGCUUCAAAACACUGUUUCCCAUGCGUGUUCAAUGAACCAUAAACAAUUAAUGAACAUGCACCUGUGUGAACCAUAAACAAUUAAUGAACAUGCACCUGUGGAACGGUCGUUAAGACACGUACAGACGGUAGGCAAUUAAGGUCACAGUUAUGAAAACUUAGGACACUAAAGAGGCCUUUCUACUGACUCUGAAAAACACCAAAAGAAAGAUGCCCAGGGUCCCUGCUCAUCUGCGUGAAUGUGCCUUAGGCAUGCUGCAAGGAGGCAUGAGGACUGCAGAUGUGGCCAGGGCAAUAAAUUGCAAUGUCCGUACUGUGAGACGCCUAAGACAGCGCUACAGGGAGAAAGGACAGACAGCUGAUUGUCCUCGCAGUGGCAGACCACAUGUAACAACACCUGCACAUGGCAGACCACGUGUAACAACACCUGCACAGGAUCGGUACAUCCGAACAUCACACCUGCAGGACAGGUACAGGAUGGCAACAACAACUGCCCGAGUUACACCAGCCUCCAUCAGUGCUCAGACUAUCCACAAUAGGCUGAGAGAGGCUGGACUGAGGGCUUGUAGGCCUGUUGUAAGGCAGGUCCUCACCAGACAUCACCGGCGACAAUGUGCCUGUAUUCUGGAGCGGGAUCCAUUUGGAGGUGGAGGGUCUGUCAUGGUCUGGGGUGGUGUGUCACAGCAUCAUCGGACUGAGCUUGUUGUCAUUGCAGGCAAUCUCAAUGCUAUGCGUUACAGGGAAGACAUCCUCCUCCCUCAUGUGGUACCCUUCCUGCAGGCUCAUCCUGACAUGACCCUCCAGCAUGACAAUGCCACCAGCCAUACUGCUCGUUCUGUGCAUGAUUUCCUGCAAGACAGGAAUGUCAGUGUUCUGCCAUGGCCAGCGAAGAGCCCGGAUCUCAAUCCUAUUGCGCACGUCUGGGACCUGUUGGAUCGGAGGGUGAGGGCUAGGGCCACUCCCCCCAGAAAUGUCCGGGAACUUGCAGGUGCCUUGGUGGAAGAGUGGGGUAACAUCUCACAGCAAGAACUGGCAAAUCUGGUGCAGUCCAUGAGGCGGAGAUGCACUGCAGUACUUAAUGAAGCUGGUGGCCACACCAGAUACUGACUGUUACUUUUGAUUUUGACCUCCCCCCCCGCACCCUUUGUUCAGGGACACAUUAUUCCAUUUAUGUUAGUCACAUGUCUGUGGAACUUGUUCAGUUUAUGUCUCAGUUGUUGAAUCUUGUUAUGUUCAUACAAAUAUUUACACAUGUUAAGUGAGAGGACGUUUCUUUUUUUGCUGAGUUUAGUAAUGAUAAACUAAUGAUGCAUAGUUUUCCAUAGACAAAGCUUCAGCCAAUGAUCCUUACCUUGUUUUUCAUUUCAGGAGUUUGAGGUCCCACAUGACAGCCCAUAUGAAACUAUUCAGUACCAUCCCAUGGAGCUGCCCAUCUCUCUGGGAGGUUAUGGCAUGGCUCAGUCUCACUUUCAUACAGAGCCCCUCCCAUGUGGUGGUGAGACAAAUCCUGAUGCUGCUUAUGAGGGAUCCUACUCUAAAGUAAUGCCAGCCUGCCAACAUCAGGCCACCAGGGCAGCAGCAGAAGAGGCACUGUACGGACAUUCUGGAGCCCAGCUGAACCCCAGAGUUCUGAACCCUCUGCAGCCACCGCCGAUGAGCCUUCUAGAACAUUUGAAUCUGCCGAGUGUCGGUGGCGAGGGGCUUGUUGGAAACGACAAUGCUGGCCUCUCUCAGGGCCCGGGUCAGUACAUGCUAGGGACAGGUCAGGGGCAGAGCAAACACCCACCACGCACUGUAGAUGAUCUGGAGUCUGACUCUGGCCUAUCUCUGGGGUCCAGCCCACCACUAGCCUCACCAGAUGAUGCCAUUAAUGGUGUACCUGCUUAUUCAAGCACAGAGGUUGGUCUGAACUAUAGUCACAGGGAGAUGGAGAAUAUGGGUGAGCAAGGUAGGAGAGCUAGCCUCCUUUACUCUGUGGACUAUCAGCAGCAUCCCAAUCACCCCUACCACUACUCAGGGCUGCACUCCUCUUACUUCCCUGUAACGCAACCAUCCCAAAUGCAACCACAGCCUCACUUCCUGCCUCCCAUGUCAAUGAAACAUAAACAGGGUUUACCCAGUGCUUUGAACGACCGUCAUCUUAACAGCUCUGCCACCAGAGAGAGCUCUCCUCAGGCGUUCUAUGUAAAACCCAGAGGUAACCCUCUUCCUGUCCCUCUGAGCCGGGAUGAACGCCGAGCCCUCGCCCUCAAGAUCCCUUUCCCACUAGAGAACAUCAUCAAUCUACCUGUGGACGACUUCAACGAGCUCCUGACACAGUACACCCUCACGGACACCCAGCUAUCCCUCGUCAGGGACAUCCGGCGGCGGGGGAAGAACAAGGUGGCAGCCCAGAACUGCAGGAAGAGGAAGCUGGAGAACAUUGUUUACCUGGAGGGGGAGUUGGGUCAGCUGCAGACCCAGAGGGAACACCUGGCUAGGGAGAGGUUGGACUUCCAACGCAACCUGGCUAUUGUUAAACACCGCCUCACAGACUUGUAUGUUGAAGUCUUUUCUCAGCUCCGGGAUGAGGAUGGGCAUCCCUACUCUAUAGAUGACUACUCUCUACAGCAGACCCCUGAUGGGAAUGUAUACUUGGUGCCUCGUAGUGAAGUGUUGGAUGGAGAAUAAUGUAAAGAUGAAAUCUAUUGGACAGUUAUUGUAUACUGCCUCAGUUUAUAUACCAAUAUGAAAUUGUUGAUAAAUCUACAGUACAAUAAGUGCCAUUAAGUAUAUUUAUAUACAACACCAUGGAACAGUGUAUGUAGAGAUCAGAUAAAAUGGCAGCUAAAAUGACACCGUUAUACAAACUAAUCAAUACUUAGUGCCUUUAGAAAGUAUUCAUAC